AUGGGAGGAAUGGCGUGUAAGGAGGAGGCAAAGGAGAGGAAAAGAAGGAGCCUGGGGAUGGAGGACAGUCUGACGUCAGCCAACAGAAUCCGACGAUUCACUGUCAAACAGUUUGGAUACAACGUCCUGAGCCUGGCUCGUCGAGGUCUGAAGGAGGUCCCAGAGGAACUUUGGGAGUUACUGGAACUGGACAAGCUGAAUUUGUCUCUCAACAGUCUGAAGGUUCUUCCUUCUCAGCUGGAACUGUUCUCCAACCUGGUGGUCCUCAACCUGUGGGGCAACCAGUUGAGCAGCUUGCCGGCGGAGAUCGGGCGGCUGAAGAGACUUCGAGUUUUGUUUGCCUACCGAAACAGACUGACUGAAGUUCCUGAGGAGUUGGGGGCCUGUACAAAACUCGAGGUGCUUAGUUUGGCCAACAACCAGCUCUCCUCACUGCCUGAUUCUCUCUCCAAUCUGACCAGACUGAGGAAACUCAACCUCAGCAACAACCUCUUCACUCUUGUUCCCGGCUGCAUCUACAGCAUGAAGACGCUGGUCUUCUUAGAUCUGGCCUGUAACCACCUGGAAAACUUGGCAGAAAACAUCCAAGCUCUGGUGGAGUUGAAGAUCCUCAUCAUGGAGGGAAACAGCCUCCACUCACUGCCCAGAGCCCUCUGUUUCCUCACCAGGUUGGAGCUGCUGAAUCUCGACUUCAAUGACAUUAAAGAGGUUCCGCAGGAGCUGCACCAGUUGUCUCAUCUGGAGAAGGUGGCCUGCCAUCCUCUGGAUAAAGGACUACACAUCAUCCACAAUCCGCUGCUGAAGCCACAGAAGGAGGUGCUGGACGGGGGGCUGAGCGCCUUCUUCAACUACCUGAAAGCUGUCUAGAGCUGUGGGCACUGUGACCACCUGAAGGCUGGACUUAAACCACUUUAACCACCUUAGUCCUACCUGAGCUUCUGACAUUCUUCAGAUUUGGAGGGCGGAAGCAGCGGCGGAGGAGGAGGAGGGUUUUCCAUGUUAAUGAAUAUAAAGGGUAUGCAUUGACGUCACUUCCCCACUGGACGAUGCACUCGCACUGAGUGGUAAAAAUGACUGCAACUAGUAGGGAAACUGUGGAGAAGACGGGAUAACAGCUGAUUAUCGGCUCAAAUUAAAGGCAGUUGGACUUGACAGUUGACCAACCCGUACAGUUACCCCAAGAACCAGUGGUCCAUGGACAUUGAUAUUUGGUACAGUUACCAAGAACCAGUGGUCCAUGGACAUUGAUAUUUGGUACAGUUACCAAGAACAUGGACAUUAAUAUUUGGUACAGUUACCCCAAGAACCAGUGGUCCAUGGACAUUGAUAUUUGGUACAGUUACCCCAAGAACCAGUGGUCCAUGGACAUUAAUAUUUGGUACAGUUACCCCAAGAACCAGUGGUCCAUGGACAUUGAUAUUUGGUACAGUUACCAAGAACAUGGACAUUAAUAUUUGGUACAGUUACCCCAAGAACCAGUGGUCCAUGGACAUUGAUAUUUGGUACAGUUACCCCAAGAACCAGUGGUACAUGGACAUUGAUAUUUGGUACAGUUACCAAGAACCAGUGGUCCAUGGACAUUAAUAUUUGGCCACGAAUCCAGUUUCCUGAUAUUUAUAUGUACUUAAUUUCGGGGUUAAACUCGGAGUUAUUCUGGACAAUAACCUCUCCUUCCAACACCAUGUCAACCACAUCACAAGAACUGCUUUCUUCCACCUCAGAAAUAUUGCCCGUCUCCGUCCAUCACUCUCCUUCUCUACCGCUGAAACCUUGAUCCACGCCUUCAUCACCUCAAGACUCGACUACUGCAAUUACAUCCUCUACGGUUCAACUUCCAAGGUCCUCAAUAAACUCCAAUAUAUUCAAAACUCUGCCGCCCGCCUGCUCACCCACACCCGCUCCAGAGACCACAUCACCCCAGUCCUCCAGAAGCUCCACUGGCUCCCCAUCCCUCAACGGAUCCACUUCAAAAUCCUUCUCCUCACCCACAAAGCCCUCCACAAUCAGGCCCCCUGCUACCUCACCGACCUGCUCCACCGCUACACUCCCUCCCGCAGCCUCCACUCCUCUGAUGCCAACCUCCUGUCCCUUCCUGUCAGAACCAAGCACCGGACCUGGGGCGACAGAACCUUCUCCAUCGCUGCUCCCUCUGGAACUCCCUCCCCAAACACAUCCGUGACUGUACAGACCUCCCUGCAUUCAAAUCUCAUCUCAAAACUCACCUUUACAGAACAGCUUUUAAUGUGUGAUUAUUGUCCUGUGUCAUGUUGUGUCUUUAUGUACUGUCCUGUGUAUUGUAAUUUGUACUAUGUUGUUUUGUUAUUAAUGUAAAGCGUCUUUGAGUGCCCUGAAAAGCGCUAUAUAAAUAAAAAUGUAUUAUUAUUAAUUUCUACGCCAGGGAAAUACACAAAGCAAAGCUUGAAGGCAUACAAAAGUCUUGACUUCAAGAGAGGAUUUGUUGUAGAAAUUAAAGUGAUGAGGACACUGAACUUUAUGAUUUGACCGUUUAACGUUAGCUACCCAAAAAUCCAACAUUACCUGAUACAAAAUGGGAACCACAAAUCCACGUUUCGGUGCCUGGAAUCCAGUUGUUUCUGUGAAUUGCAGCGAUCCAUUUGUCUCUCUUAAGCUUAUUUUUCGUCAGUCUGUAAAACGAUAACUCCGAUUUAUUUAUUGUUGGCUUUGUCUCGAACACAACAAAUCCCAAUAAAAUUCCACAAAUUUCCCCCACAGACUGAUAUGAUUUCUUGCUAAAUCUAUGAGUACAGUCGAUCGCACAACAGCUCUUUCCCAUUUUAGAUGUUUUCCAGUUGCUCAAACUGAAAGUUUACGCUGCCACUCAGUCUUUCUGACACUCAGUCUUUCUGACACUCAGUCUUUCUGACACUCAGUCUUUCUGUCACUCAGUCUUUCUGUCACUCAGUCUUUCUGACACUCAGUCUUUCUGACACUCAGUCUUUCUGUCUUUCUGUGACGUCAUGCACAUUCCCUCUAUAGGGUUUCUGUGUGACAAACGGACUUGUGAAUGAUGGAGAGAUUGUGAACAGACUGUCAUCGGUUCUCCUGGCCUCACAGGUGAGUUGUAGGAGCUGCUCCGCAGUUCUCAGUCAGCAUUUGUGUUUUUUAGUGUGAUGGACUGCUGUAUUAAAAUAAUCCCUUUCUGGGAAUGUCUGUGGUUUAAACUGAUCCCAGUUAGUGUUUUGCCUGUUUUUAUGCUGAAGUAUUUAUUUUCAGGCUGCAUGUUUCAGUCCUGUAACUCA